AUGAAUUCGUUCAAGAAAAUGUUCCAAAAGUACAACGACGACCAGAAGGUGUCACUUAAGCACUCUAAAUCGAUGCCAUACGGAUUCUCUUCAGAAGGGAGGAGGCGCGAGCCUCCUCGUGACGAUCCGGUCAAACCCGCAUACAGUGGCAAGACUCCCCUUAAAAAGUCCGACAUCGUGUACGUCGAGCAAGCUCCAGGGAUGCUCGAGAUCUACCACGGAAAACUAUCACAACACACAUAUUACCAUGGGCCGACUCGCGCAAACGUUAAGACGCGUGCAGACUUGCUGGCCAAGUUUCCCCAUUCCCCUCAACCAACUGAGGGCCUCCCUCGCAGCGGUUUCAGAGCACUUUCUUUGAAGGCCACUGUUGAUCAAGCUUCGGCGGAUGUACUACGCACCCUUAACGACCAUACUCACAGUGGCAGACUGGCAGAACGUAUUCGCGCCAAGUCGAGUACUCAUCGCUCGAACAUCCCUCCUCCCACCGCUCCCGCUCCGCCUCUUCCUACCACCCGCGCCCUACAUCCAACACUCUCGCGCUCCGCACACAGCUCAAGCGUAAAUAUUCGGGAAGUUCCAUCCCAUGUCACCGUCCCGACUCCUGCGCCAGCCUAUCCACGGUCAUACCGGCCUUACUCCCAAUAUGAUGAGAUUUCGCACGAGCAGGAUCCGACCGUCCUACGUGGAAUGAUCAAUCGUUAUCCCUUGGCGCCUGUUUGCAAGGAACGCUGCCCAGAGCAUAUGCGCCCUAUGUAUCUCGACAUGGACGAGCCGCGCUCUCCCGAGGAGACACUUCAAUGGUACAUACAUAUGUCAUUGGCCGAACGUCGUCCCCUCGAUGUACGCGCUGGUGGCCGUUACCGCCGCAUCGUUGGCGUGAGCAACAUGGGCAUCAUUUGA